AUGUCGAUUCCUGAAAAUGUCAAAGGAGCUGUGGAUUUCGACCCAUGGUUAACGCCGUUUGCUCAGGUUUUAUCUGAACGAAGAAAUUUGGCAGAUAAAUGGGUUCACGAUUUGACGCAUGCUACACCGGAUGGUUCGUAUCAGUCCUUAGUAAAAUUUACCAGAGAUUCGUAUCUUUCCUAUGGAUUCCACGCCGAUGCCAGAACCAAGGAAAUCCGAUACAAGGAAUGGGCCCCUAACGCCAGGCAAGCCUUCCUGAUUGGUGAUUUCAAUGGUUGGAAUGAAACAUCACAUGAAUUGAAGCAUAAGGAUGAAUUUGGUAAUUUUAGCAUAACCGUUCCUCCAACUUCGGCCGGAGAUUUUGCGAUUCCUCAUGAUAGUAAGAUUAAAGUCAUGUUUGUCUUGCCAGAUGGAUCCAAGAUUUAUAGAAUUCCUGCUUGGAUAAAAAGGGCAACUCAACCAGAUAAGGAGACUGCUAAACUUUUUGGACCCAUUUAUGAAGGGAGAUUUUGGAACCCGCCAAAGCCAUACGAAUUCAAGAACAAAAGGCCCUCUUUCAAUGAAAAAGCUGAUUCUCUGAGAAUUUAUGAAGCUCACAUUGGUAUUUCAUCACCUGAGCCAAAAAUUGCUUCAUAUAAGGAGUUUACAAGAGAUGUCUUACCCCGUAUAAAGCAUUUGGGUUACGAUGCUAUACAGUUGAUGGCAAUUAUGGAGCAUGCGUACUAUGCCUCGUUUGGGUAUCAAGUGACCAACUUCUUCGCAAUCAGUUCUCGUUUUGGUACUCCUGAAGAUUUGAAGGAGUUGGUUGAUACCGCUCAUGGAAUGGGCAUUUUGGUUCUACUGGACGUUGUCCAUAGUCAUGCUUCCAAGAACGUCGAGGAUGGUUUAAAUAAUUUUGACGGCUCGGAUCAUCAAUACUUUCAUUCAUUGGCAUCAGGCAGGGGCGAACAUCCAUUAUGGGACUCUCGUCUUUUCAAUUAUGGUAGCUUUGAGGUUCAAAGAUUUUUACUCUCCAACUUGGCAUUUUACAUCGACGUUUAUCAAUUCGACGGUUUUAGAUUUGAUGGUGUCACUUCAAUGCUAUACGUACACCAUGGUGCAGGGGAACAUGGUGGGUUCAGUGGUGACUACAAUGAGUAUUUAUCCCGUGAUAGAUCUUAUGUUGAUGAACAGGCUUUAGCCUACCUAAUGCUGGCCAACGAUCUGGUUGAUGAGCUACUUCCAAAAUCGGCGAUCACGAUAGCUGAGGAUGUUUCUGGUUAUCCAACAUUAUGCUUACCUCGUUCCAUGGGAGGCGCUGGAUUCAACUAUAGACUGGCAAUGGCUUUGCCAGAUAUGUGGAUAAAGAUUUUGAAGGAGCAGAAGGAUGAAGACUGGGAUAUGUCAAAGAUAGUGCAUACAUUGACCAAUAGACGUCAUGGCGAGAAAGUUGUCGCUUACUGCGAGUCGCAUGACCAAGCCUUGGUCGGUGAUAAGACUCUGGCAUUCUGGUUGAUGGACGCGGCCAUGUAUACAGAUAUGACUGUCCUGAAACCCGGUACGCCAGUCAUAGAUCGUGGUAUUGCAUUGCACAAGCUGAUUAGGCUUCUCACUCAUUCGUUGGGUGGUGAAGCUUACCUAAACUUUGAAGGUAACGAAUUCGGUCACCCCGAGUGGCUAGAUUUCCCAAAUAAGAACAACGGCGAUAGUUACCAUUAUGCUCGUAGACAAUUUAAUUUGGUUGAUGAUAAGUUGCUGCGUUAUCGGCACCUGUAUGAGUUUGAUGCAGGAAUGCAACACUGCGAAAGACAACAUCAAUGGCUGAACACCCCUCAGGCAUACGUCUCAUUGAAAAACGAAUCAGAUAAAGUGAUAGCAUUCGAGCGUAACGGGUUGCUGUUCAUCUUCAAUUUCCAUCCAACUCAAAGUUUUACUGAUUACAGAAUUGGCGUUGAAGUUGCCGGUACCUACAAGAUUGUUCUGAAUACCGAUAGAAAGGAGUAUGGUGGGUUUGAAAGAGUUGACGAGAACUCGAGGUUCCACACCACUGACCUGGCCUGGAAUAACAGAAAGAACUUUGUACAGGUUUACAUUCCAUCAAGAGUCGCACUGGUUUGCGCGCUAGAAUAG